AUGAGCGCCGCAAGUCCUCAAUCCGAGGCACCGUCUACAUCCGAUCAGACACCUGCGCAGUCUACUUCAACCGAGAAGAAUCCUGCCACCGGGACCACCACCAACAGUGCGCCUCCCAGUCAAACGCCUGGUCAUCCUAGUUUUCGAAGGCAACGUGCAUCUCGAGCUUGUGAAACAUGUCACGCCCGCAAAGUAAGAUGUGAUGCGGCAUCCCUCGGAGUGCCAUGCACAAACUGCGUGGCCUUUUCGAUCGAAUGUCGAAUUCCGGUACCCAAACGAAAAAGGGCAGGCACCUCCCGGGCAAAAGAUGAGGAAAGUGAGGCUGGAGACUCGCAGCAGCCAGCUACUCCAAGUGAAACUCCUGCCACCCAACAACCACGUUCGAAGCAGACAUUGGGUUAUAAUUCCCCAGAUGGCAUGCCUUCAACCCAAAUGUCCGAGGCUCAAGCCGCCCAACAGGCUGCCAACAACAGUACCAUGGCUCAGUUCAUGAAGCCCAAAUUUGCUCGAGCCCCCAUCAAAGAAGCAGGCCGUGUCGCUUACUUGGGCGAAUCUUCAAACCUGUCGUUACUCGUGCAUGAUCGGCAUGGUACCACCGAUGUUGUUCAUUAUCCCCUACCAGAAAACAUUCGUGGUGCACGUGCUCGCCUGACGGAACCAGACCAGAUGGAGAUAGAGAUAUUGCAGCAGAGAGGUGCAUUCUUACUACCGCCUCGAGCAUUGUGUGACGAGCUUGUCGAUGCCUACUUUCGUUGGGUCGCUCCCAUUGUGCCAGUCAUCAAUAGAACCCGCUUCAUGAAGAGGUACAAAGACACUAAGAAUCCGCCCUCACUGCUGCUACUUCAGGCUAUCCUACUGGCUGGUUCCAGGGUCUGCACAAAUCCGCAGCUCAUGGAUGCCACGGGUUCAACAACGCCUGCAGCAAUGACUUUCUACAAACGUGCCAAGGCGUUGUACGACGCCAAUUAUGAAGACGAUCGCAUCACCAUCGUUCAGGCUCUGAUAUUGAUGGGCUGGUACUGGGAGGGACCUGAAGGUAAGACUACGGAACAAGCGAUCGAGUUUGCCGACUAUGCUCGGUCUAACAUAGCAGCAGAUGUGACUAAAAACGUCUUUUACUGGACCCGGGUGGCCAUUGUGGUUGCCCAAGGCGCCGGCAUGCAUCGAAGUGUGGAAAGCUCCCAACUCAGCCGACAGGACAAACGCUUGUGGAAGCGAGUAUGGUGGUCACUGUUCACGAGAGAUCGAUCAGUCGCCGUUGCUCUUGGUCGACCAGUCUCCAUCAACACCGAUGACUCGGAUGUGGAAAUGAUCACAGAAGAAGAUUUCAUCGAGGAUGAAGGAGAACCAACCAAUGAUUAUCAACACGAGGCCGUUCACGUACAAUUCUUUCUUCAGUACGUGAAGCUGUGCGAGAUCAUGGGAUUGGUGUUAUCUCAACAAUAUUCGGUCGCAUCCAAAGCCAGACGAACCAAUGCUAUCGACCUGACUCACAGUGACAUGGCUUUGGCAGAUUGGCUUCAGAAUUGUCCUCGUGAAGUGUACUGGGAACGGUCACGGCAUCAUUUCUGGUCUGCACUGUUGCACUCGAAUUAUUAG